AAAGAAGGAAAAACCAAAUAUCGCGAGACUUUGGUCUCGAGUUGUGUUAUUUACUGCAUUUUUCAUCAAUAGCUGCUAGCGUAUUGCGCAGCCAGAAAAACUGGGAAGUAAGACGUUCUUCAACGGACAAGAGGAGUUCAGCUUCACUUUUCCCGGUUUUAUAUCAUUCAAGCAAGGCGUUGACCGACAUUACCCCCUCCACCACUCCUUAGACCCCUUUUGCCCCACCUGCUUGGCUCUUUUUCUUUGCCCCUGAGAGCAGUGCCCCCUGCUGAUGUAAUGUCUCAGUCAGACGGCGGUCAGAAACCGUUCUCUGUGGGUCGUGGGCUCCUGGCUGCAGCAGAGACCUUGAACUUCAACAUGAAUGAGCAGCGCUCAGGCCGGCCGAUGGGGGGCAUGUCCUCAGGUGUGGGAAUGAGUGGGGUGGAGCACCCGGAUGGAAGUCCCCAGAUGCCCCGGCGGGGUACCACCAACAAUCUUGGCAGCACCAUGAAGCUCUUUGCCAGCUUGGGGCUGUCGCCCUCCGACCUGGACGCCCUCGCUGAAAUCCCAGAAGAAGAAAUCAGCGUGGAGACGCUGCCUCGCAUUCUAAUGCAGCUCAAGAAUCGCAAGGGGGAGGCAGGAGAGCGACGGGCGGUGUCCUCCAUGUCCUCCGAGGCUGCAUUUCAAGGAGGAAGGGAUAGCUGGGACGAAGGCCGCAUGGGGAGGAUGGGCGGCCCCUCCAUGGGUGAGGGCCUGGCCCGGUCUAAGCCCUCUGCAGACUUUGGGUACAGUUCCAUGCAGAACAUGUCCUCGGGCCGGGGCCUCGGGUCCAGUUUCGGCAGCGGUGGGGGUGGGAGAGGAGACAGGCCUUACUCCGAGCUUUCCCACCAAACUUCCUACGGUGGGCUGGACAUGGGGCCAUCGCAGUCUGACUCCGUCUUUAUGCAGAGGAGGAUCGGCUCCCCGUCAGUCGGAAAAGUCCAAGACUUCUUGGGAGUCAUGCCCUCCAUGUUCCCCCAUGUGUGCUCUCUUUGUGACUUUGAUGUUCAUUCCACCAUGGAGUGGAACCAGCACCUUUCCGGCCUCCGACAUGCUGAGAACAGACGCCUGCUUCUGGACAUGUAUCCAGACUGGGACCCCAGCUUGCCUUCAGGCAGAGGGGGCCGCAGGGACACUCCCAACCUGUCUGCAGGGCUGCUGGGACCGGCCCCCAUGUCUUCUGCUGGGAUGUCCUCCAGCUGGGGAGGAGGUGGAGGUCCUGGCCUGCCGGGACACAAGAUGGGUCUGAACACGCUGAGGAGCAGGGUGGUGGUGGUGAAGUAUGAGAGGAAACCUCUGAGCAACAACACUCUGUUCGCCUUCACCGAGCGGUUCGGCCGCCUCAGGGAGCACCUGGUCCUCAAGAACAAGGCCUUUCUAGAGAUGAGCUCUCACGAAGAAGCUCUGGACAUGGUCAACUACUACAAGCAGCACACGGCGUCUCUGUACGGCAAGCCCAUCACCUUCUACCUGUCCCAGAGGCUGAUGUUCAUCGAGAAAGACUCCCGGAUGUCUGAGGGGAUGGGCGACAGACCCAUGAGGGACGUCAAAAGCCACGGCAGCAAAGUGGUCUUCUUCUCCAACCUGCCCAGAGAGGAGGAGAAGAAGAGGGAGCUGCUGACCAUCGCUGGACGUUUUGGCACCGUGGAUAAACACCUCUUCUUAACCGACCAGGCUUUUGUCCAGCUGGGAACCGUGGAGGACGCAGAGAUGCUGGUCAAGUAUUACAGCGUGAACCCCCUCACCAUCAGAGGACGCCUGAUCCGCCUCAACAUCUGCACCAAAUACAAAACCCUCAAUGUGAACCGGAGACAGAGCGGCUCUGCAGAGGAAACCACCACCCGCAAGAGAAGCAGGACUCGUGAGAGGUCCUCGAGCCCCGCAGCAAAGAGCGCCUCCAGAACCACCUCGUCCAAGUCCACAUCCAAGAGCAGAGAGGAGAAGAAGAAAGAGGAGGAGGAGGAGGACAAAGAAAAGCCUGCUGAGGAGGAGGUCACCGGAGUGGUGCAGGGAGCAGAGGAUGAAGACGAGGACCAGGCGUCUGACGAUGAAGAUCCAAAGGAGGAAGACCCCGAGAAAGAAACGGUGGAGAAAGAUGUUAAAGAAGAAGAGAAGGAGGUUCCUGAUGACGUCACACCUGUGGAGGAGGCGGAGCCUGAGGUCAAAAAGCAGGAGGCGGAGCCAGAAGGAGCAGCAGAAACCUCAGUUGAGGAAGCAGAGAACAAGGAGGAGGCCGUGGAGAGCGGCGACGUGGCGGAGGGAGACGUUCCUGCUGAGGAGCUGGACCAGGACUUUCUGGAGAACAUGGAGGACUUUGUGACGCUGGAUGAGCUGGAAGAGGACGAGGGCGACGCCCCCGGAGAGUCUGAUGCCAUAGAUAACUCCAAGAAAGGGGGGAUGAGGGUGGUCAACAUCGUGGGCUUCAGGCGAGGUUACAACUUCCUCAACGAGCUGCUGAAUCUCGCCAAGCCGUUUGGGAAGGUGGUCAAACACCUGGUUCUGGACCUUCGACCUGAGGCCUACAUUCAGUUCCAGACGGAGAACGAAGCUCGAGCUAUGGCCAAGUUUUAUGGUAACGGUAAUGUGACGGUCUCCGUGUGCGGCCGGCCCGUCAGGGUCAGCCAUUCCCUCAGCUACCCCACCAUCCAGUGCGGCUCCAGCAGGGUGGUGUACAUUGGUCAGCUCCCCAACACCAAAUACACCGACGAGGAGAUCCUGGAACUUGCCACACCGUACGGAAAAGUCCAGAAGUACUUCCUGAACCGGAUCAAGAGAGAGUGUUUUCUGGAGAUGGACCGACCUGAAGAUGCAGAGAAGAUGGCCGAGGACUGCAAAUCCAAUCCGCCGAAGAUAAACGGGAAGCGCCUGACCAUAUACGUCAGCAGGAAGUACAGACACCUCAAAUAUGGUCAUCGGUGUGGAGCCAAGAGGGCCAACAGUCCGCCUCCAAAAUCCUCCCUACAACCCGAGGAGCCCAGCGCCAAGAAGGCCAGAGAGGAAGACGAGGAGGAGCAAGUGGAGAAGAAAGAGGAGGAGACAAAAGAGGAAGAGGCCAAAGAGGACAAUAAUGGGGGGGUAGAAAAUGAGGAGCAGGAAGCAGCAGACGAGGAAGCACAGAGCUCUGAUGUUGGAGACUCAAAACCAGAAGAAAACAGUGAGAAUCCUCUGGAAGACUCGGAGAAGAUCGAUGAGGAGGAGAAACGGCAGCAGGACGAGGACAUGGAGACGGCCACCAAUCAGAACGGACAGACUGAAGCUCCGCCUCCUGUAGAUGGGAAGCCCAGUUUGGCAGCUUUGCCGUUGCCCCCCUACGACCCCGACACCCCCAUUGGAGUGGAGCACGUGAAGAUGGGAUAUUACUGCCGCAUCUGCUUCCUGUUCUACACCAACGAGACCACGGCCAAGAAGACGCACUGCAGCAGCCAGACGCACUACGACAAGCUGCAGAAAUACCUGGAGAAGGAGCAAAGCAAAGGGAAGAAGGCCAAGAAGGCAUCAAACUGAGAGCAGCUGGGAAAGAAGUCGUCCCGUUCGUUUUCUUUAGCUAUACUUUAAACAGGAGUGUUGUCAUGGCAACACAGCCCCUGAAUUACUUGUAGGACAAAACACAAAGUUCUUUAAUGUGAAACGUUCAGACUUCCUGUCAUUCAGGUGGUUCUGACGGUGAUUCGUUUCACCAGUGUUAGCCCUUCCUGGGCUCUGUCUAAAGCCUGGACCAGUGUCCUGUGGGAGUUGCAUCCAUGUGGCGUUCAGGCACUGCUGCGUUAAUAGCCACCGUUUGAUUCCUGAUUGUUCUUUUAGCAGUUAAAUGUUUUGCUGGAUUUUUGUUUUUUGGAUGUUUUUCAGAAUAAAAGGUUUCCUCACAUU